AUGACGAACCCGUUCCAUGGUUCUGCACAUUAUACCGACCCAAACACACCCGCGGGAAGCUCUGGUCUUCUCCCGCGCCGUUUCUCAUACGCCUCGGUCGUCUCGGGAGCACCACCAAACUAUAACCCGCCCUACCUCUCGCAUCCCGGCCGAACUUCGGUCAUCUCCCAAAUCCUCAAUAACUCCGACGAUAUCACCUUCGAGCCGGCCUCGGGCUACUACGACCCGAGCAGGAGCGACGACAUGGACGCGGACAGGAACGGCGCCGGCUUGAAUGGUGCGUCCGUGAGGCCGUCCCGUGGUGGCCAGCUCCCCUCCUUUUCGAGAGCUUUUGAUAUGUUCAUGGCGAACCCCUCAGGUGAUACUGCAGGCUCUGGCAGCGCGAGUGGGAGCGGUUUCUUCGUCCCGUCCUAUCUGGCGGGCUCGGCACAUGUUCAGCGGCUGGAGGAAGCACACUGGGCAAAAGUACGGGCGCAGAAGGAGUCUCAGGCAACUCAGACACAGACCGGCGGGAACCUGUCUACGAGCGCAAGCAGCGUCAGCCUUCACAGCAAGCCGGGUGCUCAUCGAGGAGUGAAUUACGAUGUCAUUGAGAAGCCCCCCGCCUUUGAGGAAGACGAAGCGUUUGCCCCACUACCCACGAGGUGGAACAGUCUCGACAAGUACGGUGCUCUAGACAUCUUAUCCGACGGCCUCGAGGUCAGAUAUAUCGGCCCGAGGGGCCAGACGGAGCGCGACCACGAGGCUUUCUGCAUACGUGCCGACAACCCUAUGCCCCCGCAGUGCGGCAUCUACUACUUCGAGGUCCAGGUGCUAUCGGGCAAGCGGGAUGACAUGACCAUCGGCAUCGGAUUCUCUGGCAAGGGGGUGGGACUUGCAAGACCCCCUGGCUGGGAAACGGAUUCUUGGGGCUACCACAGUGACGACGGCCACUGUUAUGCUGGUCAGAGCGGCGGAAAGACCUACGGUCCUUCGUUUACCGCGUCUGAUGUUAUCGGCUGUGGCGUCAAUUUUAGGACUGGCAGUGCUUUCUUCACAAAGAAUGGCCACCUGUUAGGCACCGCCUUCCGCGAUGUUGGAAAAGCCGGCAGCCUCUACCCGACAGUUGGGCUCAAGAAGUCAGGAGAACACGUCCGUGUCAACUUUGGUCAAACACCUUUCGUCUUCGAUAUUGACGGUAUGAUGACGAAAGAAAAGGAGCGCAUCCAGAGAGAUAUUUCGCAAACGAGCACCGCGAGCCUGGCCCCAGCGAUGAACGAGACCGAGUUGGUCCAAGCCCUUCACGAUGGCUAUGUCGAAACGGCGAGAGCGUUUGCGGAAGAAAUCAAUGCCGAAAAGAAGGCAUUGAGCCUCGACCCGAAUGCUCCCAUUGAGGGCAUCAAUGUCAAGGACGACGAACAUGCCAACAAGCGACAACGGAUCCGAAGAGCUGUACUCGAGGGCGACAUUGACAGAGCACUUAAGCACACCAACGCAUUCUACCCUCAAGUCCUCAAAGAUAACGAGCAGGUAUACUUCCGGCUACGGUGCCGCAAGUUUAUCGAGAUGGUCCGGACCGCCGCCGAAAUGAGGGCUGCGUCGGAGGCGAAGAAGAGCAAUGGCCACAGCGGUGAGACUGGCGCCCAGGCAAUGGACCUUGAUGCCAACGGUACCGAGAAUGGCGCAUGGGACCAAAUGGACACCGAAGACUCUGCCGAGGCCCCUCUCGAUAUCAAUGAGCUCGAGAUAGCGACCCUACAGUACGGACAGGAGCUUCAUGCCGAGUUCAAGAACGACCCCAGGCGAGAGGUCACCAAGCACUUGGCGGACAUUUACGCGCUUCUCGCGUACGCAAACCCUCUAAAGGAGAAAGACGUUGCCCAUUUGCUAGACAGGAAAGGUCGUCUGGCAGUUGCUGAGGAGCUUAACUCGGCGAUCCUUCUGUCGUUGGGCAAGUCCUCUCGUGCAGCUCUCGAAAAGAUAUAUGCUCAGACAAGUGUACUGCUGGAUGACCUACGGGAAAACGGCGGACCAGGCGCCUUUGUCUCUUUACAGGACGUCAUCGAAGACAUACCGAAAUCCCAGCCUUUUUAG